GGGUGGGUGCGGAGGGCGGGCGCGCGCGCGCGGGGCCCCAAGCCGGGUCCGAGCGCCCGGUGCGGGCCAUGGAGGGGCUGCGGCGGGGCCUGUCUCGCUGGAAGCGCUACCACAUCAAGGUGCACCUGGCGGACGAGGCGCUGCUGCUGCCGCUCACUGUGCGGCCGCGGGACACGCUCAGCGACCUGCGCGCCCAGCUCGUGGGCCAGGGAGUGAGCUCCUGGAAGCGCACCUUCUACUACAACGCGCGGCGGCUGGACGACCACCAGACGGUGCGCGACGUGCGCCUACAGGACGGCUCGGUGCUGCUGCUCGUCAGCGACCCCAGGUAACCUGGGUUGGAGGACGUGGAGCCAUGGCCGAGGGGACCAAGGGUGCUGGCUGAAGGAGCAGGCUGGGAUGGGGAGGGGAAUCUCCUGGGAGCCUUGACCUCACUCAGGGUUCUGGGCUCCCAGGAUAGAUGCUGAAACACUGGCCUGCCCAGCUGCUGCUCACCACCUGGGACCUUUCUGACGGAGCCCUAGUCCUUGACACCGAAUGAGGACAUUGCUGCUCCAGGGCAGCCAGCCUUCCAGUUACGCUGUGUGAUCCUGAGGCCAUGGCCCCCACCUUGGAGCUUCAAGUGCCCAGGGGGAUCCACAGUGUCAUCUUGGGAGGCAGCCAGAGGAUGUCACACGUGGAAAAGCAUAGAGCGGAGAGGAGGGGAGCUUGUGGGCAUCACCAGCUCCUGCCUUGAACAUUCUCUCAGGCAUGCCUCUGCCCAAGCUGUGCCCCUUGCUGGAAGCACUUUUCGCACCCCUGUCUUCAGCUCCAGUCCACCGGGGAUUGCAGCCUCCUCCAGAAAAUCUUGGAUUUCCUUCUUCCCAGCCAGUGAGCACCUUGUCUUCUUUGGGGCCCCCAAAAUCCCCCUCUACUGUGAACAGCCUCAGCUGGUGGGUGUGGCUGGUUACUCAUGAAAUCUCAAAUGACUGAAAGUGGAGUACCCCAGCCCUUAGCACUCCAGUGUCGCACUGUGCCCCUCCCCCAAACCUCUCCGCAUGUUGUACCCAGGCCUGUCCCUUGUCGGCGUCCUUCACUUGCAGCACAGGGUCUUCUGGUUGAAUGGGUGGGAGUUGGGGGUGGGGGUCUGUGCCUGGCAGAGCACUGAGACAUUGUUGCUAAUCAUGGGGGUGAUCCGGACUAUUCCAGGCAGUGCAUUGUAGGAAUUCUGGGUACAAGACCCUCUGGGUGGGGAACUCCCUGUGGUCCAGUGGUUAGGACUCUGCUUCUGCUGUGCUUCCAGCCAGGGUUCAAUCCCUGGUUGGGGAAUUAAGAUCCCGCAAGCUGCAGUGUGGGGACAGAAAAAAGAAAAAAGGCCCUCCAAGUAGAACGCGGGAACUCAAGUGUAUUUCUGAUCUUUGGCCACAGGGCAUUGGGUCCUCUGUGCAGUCCACCCACCGCCUGGGGUAGCCCAUUCACGUGCACCCUAGAGGGCUGCAUUCACGCCCUGGGUGCUGGCAUUACAGGGCAGAGGCUCAGGAGUCUGGGAAGAAAUAAUGUUUUAAUUAAGAGUUUUGUUGGCUGCAGGGCCCAGAGUAGGGACAGAUGGAUAAUAAAUCAUGGCCACGGGGAGAGUAGCGCUCAGAUCGGACUUUGUCUUCCACUGGUUGGGGACAACACCAGGCCUGCGGGGCUCCGCUAGGCUCCCCUCAGACAAGCCUCUCCGGGACCGGCGUUCCUCCUGCUGGGGCCAGGCAGCUCAGGCCCCUGCUCCUGCCUGCUUUCAGCCUCAGUGGGUCACACAAACGCUGAGGGACCUGCCUACUCCCCAUCCCCCACCCCACCCCCAGGACCCAGCAGGAAAGUGGGGCUUUUAAUAGUCAUCCCAGCUCCAUUCUUUGGUUCUCACGAUGUCCCAAGGUCUGUGCCUGGCCUCCACUUACUCUAGUCUGCCAACUGAAAGGAUUGUCAGUGGUGGUGAGGAUUAUGACCCAUUUUACAGAUGGAGCAUCCAAGGUCACCCCAUUCUCCUCAGGUCUGCUACCCUGGCCAUCCUUGAACUGAAGGGUCCCUAGCCCAUGCACAGGUCCCUGAUAGAAGAAGGGGGAGAGUUUCCUGCUUCUUGACUGAGGUGGGGGUGGGAGAAAGCAUUUUCAGGCCUUUUUUGACAUUUAACAAACAGUAUGCAAAUCACAUGCAAAUCAUCACUCAUUUCUUAAUCCUCGACAGCUCCACCGUGUUCUAAAAUAAUAAUGUUGGACCUGUCUCUUGGUAUUGGCCUGGAGGAGGGGUGCAAGUCUUUUCCCUUCCAUUGUUCUCUCUCUCUCUUUCUUCCUGUUAUCUCUUUACUCCCUUCACAGUGUUUGUUGGAGUCCUCCCAGUCCUGAGAUGAACACAAACAGCAAAAGUGGCUUCUGACAUUCCCAUUUUCCAGAUGGGAAAACUGAGGCACAGAGAGGGCCAAGCCUGGCCUGAGAUCCCAGCACCACUUGUGGAAAGCAUCCCCACCAAGUGCUGCCAUAGACCAAAGUGGACAGUACCUGUGACCCACGAGGAGAGAUAACAGUGGUUGGAGCAGGCCUAAUACAGCUUGGAGAAGCCAGGGGGAAUUCUCCUUGGGUUUCUUGGCCUUGAAUGGCAGUCUGCUUGGAUCUGGAGAAAUCUGACAUCUAUUGAUCUUACUCCUCAAGUCAUUUCUCCUGCUAUGCCAUCAUCAUGUUCUUUGAAUUCGGGCCACAGCCUCUCUGCUCAGUUUGCAUGCCUUACUGUUUCUAUUUGCAAACUCCUCUUCAUCCUUCAAAGUCCCAGCUCUCAUGCCCCCUUUGUCAUGCAGCCAUUUCUGAUCCGUCUAAGGUCUGAUCUUUCUCUCUGGUCCAACCCUGACCCUUUUGCAUACAGCAGCAUUAUUGUACACUCUGGAUCGUUCCCAGCACUUUUCUGAUGAUGAUUUUUUGGUUUUGGUUGCACUGGGUCUUAAUGGCUGUGCUCAGGCUUUCUCCAGUGGUGGUGAAUGGGCACCACUCUUUGUUGCGGUUCACAGGCUUCUCACUGCAGUGGCUUCUCUUGUUGUGGAGCACAGGCUCUAGGCACACAGGUUUCAGUAGCUGUGGCACAUUGGCUUAGUUGCUCUGCAGCAUGUGGAAUCUUCCUGGCCCAGGGAUCGAACCCAUAUCGCCUGCAUUGGCAGGUGGAUUCUUAUCCACUGUACCACCAGGGAAGUUGAACACUUGUCUGAUUUAUACACACCUCCAGACUUGUAUUUUCUGCCCAGGAAGUGCUUUCAGGUCUUUUUCACCUGACGUAGUCCUACAUUUUCAAGGUCCUGGCACUAACGCCCAAUCUCCAUUGGGUUCAGCAGCCCUCUCCCAGUUGGCCUCUGGGUCCUAAGCCUCCAGCCCGCCUGGCUCACUCCUGACCCACAGAACAGGGAGGUCUAUUUGUCCUCCCAGUCUUAGGAGUCACCUCUAAGUCACCCAGGAUCACUCAGGCUGGGACUAGGUACAGAGGGACCGAAUUGAGUGUGUAUAGAAUAACAGAUUAAGUGUUUGGACACACAGCCAAGUUCAAUCUCCCUAACUUGGCCUUGAGCUUCACCUUCCAUCGACAGUUCAGCCCUAAGCACAUCCUUUUCUCUUCCCUCUUCCAUCUCCAGGAAUGCUUUUCCCUUGACUCCUAUUCUGGGUGACCCCAAGCCAGCCCCCUCCCAUCUCUGGGCUGUGAAAAUAGGGGAAGCCUGGUCCCCGCCUCAGGGCCUCUCAGGUUCCUGGCUCCACCCCAGAAGCAAGUCUGGGCUGUGAGGAGUUUCGGGUGAGACUUGGCAGUCACUAUCUCUCGCUGGGGCCCGCGGCGUCCCGGGGAGGGGCCACCUCCCACCUUGGCUGCCCACUCGCUUUGUGCUCCCAGAAGUUGGAGGGGAAUUUUCCUGGGUGGCAGGUAAACCCAGGUGGUUCCCAGAGGAGGCAUCUGUGGCUCAGCCAGAAACUUCAGGUGCCCGGACUUCCCACUUCGGUUUUGUUCUGCCUUCCUCCCUUCCCUUCUCUCUCUGGGACUCCAGACUGGAUUCUGGCGUUAUCUAACUUUGUCCAUUACUUCAACGGGCACAUGUUGAGCAUGCUCUGUGUGCCUGGUCUGGUGCUGGCUGCUGGAGAUACCAACACAGAGCUUGCUUUGGCUGCCUUAGAUGGCGGGGCAGGCUGUUCACUGCACAAAAACAUCCAGCUGGGGUCAGAGGGCCUCAGGAAGGGGAAUCUUUUUGAAAUUCACACAAAGUAUCCUAUAACACUGAGUGGUGGUCCUGAUCCUGCUGCCUCCCUGCCUGCCCCCAACCUGUGUCUCCAUCCACUCAGUCUCUUCUGCACGUAUCUGCCUCCCAUUUAUCACUUCUUUCUCUGUGUCUCUUGAUCUCUGCCUCUCCACUAUCUCAUUCCGAGUCUCUCUGUCUCCAUUGCUGUCUCUCUCUCUCUCCAUGUCUCUGGCAGUUUCUCUGUCUCUUUCUCUCUCCAUAUUCCUGUAUCUGUCUCUCGUAUCCACUCUCAGAAAGGAUACCCUUUCCUGCCGAUCCUCUGAGCGCAACCUCUGGGGUGUUUCCAAAAGCUGCUGAGACUGCCCAUUCUGUAAUUGUGGAUGAAGCACCUCCUGUUUGCAGGCACUGAGGACAGCAUGGUGACUGGGACACCCAGCUGUUGGCCGUCUUGGAGUUAUAGAUCCAGCAGAGGAGACAGAAGCCACAGGGCGGUGCUCCUGGGACCCUGGAAACCCCUCCUCUGAGCUUCCCCCCAGUCCUCUUCUGAAUGACCUCGGGUGGUCCUUGUUCCUCUGUGGGCCUCAGUCUCCAAACCUGCCCAAGGAGGGAGGGAGGUGUUUAAGGUGGCUGGGCCAGAAGCUGCUUGCACAGUCUGGGCUAUCUGUAGGCAGAGAGAUCCUGACUCAUCCCCAAGCCAAAAUGGGUUUGAAAGAAUCCUCUAACGGAAAAACAGUUCUAAGAAAAAAGAAAACAAAAAGUCACAGUCACCUGCCCAGGCUGCUGUCUGACUCACCUGGGGUGGAAGCAGCCUCACUGCCAUCCCCUGGAACAUCAGAGAAACUUCCCGCCUCUUCCUCUGAUGGCCCCUGGCUGCUGUUGGCCUCACCGUGAUGGCUCCAGACCUGGCACUGACCUUACGCUUGUGCUGUGAGCUCCAGUCCCACUUAACCACGUUGCUGACCUCUGAGUGGGAGAAACUCUUUCUGGCCACAGGACCUUUGCAUGCGCUGUUGCUGCAUUUGGAAGACCCUCUCCCCACCUCUCACCUUUCACUCUCCGCUUUGCGGGUUCAAUGUCACUUCCUUGGGGAGGCUCUGAACAACUGUGUCCCCUGGUUUUGCAUUCA